AUGUCUUCGCCAUCAAUCCCAUCAUCCUGUGGUCUUUUUGGCUCUCUUCAUGGAGGCGGCAAGGGGUUCCCAAACAACUGUGCAAGCAUAAAAAAUGCUGAGCGCAAAAAUGAAUUACAAUCAUAUCUGAUGUCUCUCGACAGACUUGAUAGGGAUGAAGAUGACCAGGAUCAGUUGUUCAUUCAACUCAGCGUUGACACUGUAUAUGCAAGUUACGUUGCAGCACGCAACCGUGUUCAGCAGUACACCCAACUAUUGAUACUUCUGAAGCGCGAGGAAGAUCUGUGGGCACAGAGAGUUGAGAAGGCAAGAGUUUACUGGAAUGCGGCUACUUCAUCCACCCAGAAUUCUGUUCAUCAGCAUCAUCCUUCUAAUGGUGUCCUGCGGCAUCGUAUGACGUGCAAGUAUUACCAGAAAGAAAGCAAGUUAGCUGCUGAGAAGAGGUGGAACCAUGCAAGAGAGUCGACAUCACGAAAUUUGACCUCACAGCUCAAUGCAACUGGCAGUAACAGUGUCAAUCCUCUCGCACCUAUCCGGUCUGUGAAGAUUCAUUCCUCAAAGUCUAUAGCCUACUGUAUACAGACAGAAUUCCUGCCACCUGAGCCUGUCAACCAAGAUGGUACUGCUCGCGUGAGUGCCUUGAUUUCUCCAUCCGAGGAUUUUGGUGUUUUGGAUACUGCCAUGGAGGAUGCCACUGAAGGCUUUUCAGGCUCAGGUCAACAUCCCUCGCAACGCACACUUAUGGUCCCAAGAUCUUUCGAUGACUUUCUGCCCGCCGACGAAGAUACCAACCUUUCUGAUUCGUCUGGACACGGCCCAUCUACUCUCCCAGAAAUUGACAAUCCACCACAGCACAGAAUUCAAAGAGUUCUUUUGACGUUGCGCGACUCUCUCCAAAUGGCAUUCACUGUGAUUGGACUCAGUCGAAAAUACCCUAGGCGCCCCUCAUUUGAGCCCGACAAAUUCAUUCCAUCCUCGCUAUUAGCUACAACGUGUCCAAUGAUUGCGAAUGUGCACAAUACUCAAGAACUUGACCCAUCACAUGGGGUCUCUGGACCACCCUAUCCCUUUGCCAACAUGACCAUCUACCGUCUUAUAAUGUGGAUGAAUUCUGGUAGCCAUCAAAAAUCAGAGGCAGAGGUAUUGCCUCUUGUUAAAGAUGUGGUCCAGGCGGAGGAUUUCAAUCCCAAGGAUCUGGAUGGAUUUUCGGUAAGGAGGAGUCUGCGCACAUUGGACGAUAACGGCGGAAAGGGGACUGUCACCUUUCCGGAUGAUUGGCAGGAGACAGAUAUCACAAUCGAGAUACCUGCGAGGUCGAAGGAGGACUCGUCCAGGUCAUUUACCAUCCCUGGCUUUCACUAUUGCCCGCUGGUUGCCACAAUUCGUUCUGUGUUUGCUGAUAUCCAAGCUAGUGCAUACCAUCUGUUCCCUUUUCAGCGCGUGUGGAAAGAUCCCCUAGAUGGCCAUCAAGAAUGCAUGUUCGAUGAGCUCUACACCUCGGACUCCUGGUUAAAUGCUCAGGAUGACUUACAUAGGCAGCCAAGAGAACCUGGCUGUUCGCUGGACCGUGUUAUUGCCGGACUGUCAUAUCCCAUAUAUUCACGCUUCUCUUCCGGACUUCGGACCCUGAGAUCCGAUCCGGUCUGA